AUGGUAGCAGACUUGAAGCAGGUGGGAAUGAUUGCCUGGGCCAAGGAUAGAUUAAAGAUGUUUGUGAAGACCUCGGCCAGUUGGUCCGCGCAUGCUCUGAGUACACGACCAGGGAUGCCAUCAGGGCCAGCUGCUUUCCUUGCAUUCACCCUUCCAAGGGUGGCACACACUUCAGAGGUGGAGAGUGAAAGAACAGUGGUGAACUGGGGACAGGGUCACAGGCAGCCAAGGCUCACUGAUGCACGUGGGAAGCGAAGGUUGGCUCGUGUGGUCUGCAGAGAUGGACCAAAGAAGGCCGAGCUCAUCCACAGCUCUUUAUCGUCCUCAGUGACUGAGGUGGAAGUAAAAUUUACAAGACACACAGAUCACAGUGUCCAAAAAACAGAACUGGGCCAAACUCUCAUCCAUCUCCAGGGAUGUGAACCAGCUCCCAAGUCUGAAAGCUGUUCCAGCAAGGUCCAGGCUUCCAAACAGGCCUCUAUUAAGGAGAAUGGGUUUGAGGGGAGAUGGAAGGAUGGAACCUACCCCAGAGCUUGCCAGAAGGCUGACAUGGCUGACUGUGCUGACAUGGCAGAUACAGGUCUUCCAGAGUUAGUGAUGCCUCCAGUCACAGAGUACUGCACCUCCUUGGGUAUGAGUAAGCUAUCUGGACAGGGAGUCUACCUUCAGCACCUGGAGAGGAGUAGUCAUGCUUGGGUGCUGUCCUCAGGAAAAGCCCAGGCUCUGGAUGAGGCCUACACAGCUUGCUUCACAGAGCGAAGGCAUGUGACUGAAAGUGAGAGCAACAUUUGGUACAACCCAAUCCCAGAGAAAAGGACUGCUGGGUCAGUGGAGAGAAGUUGAAGGAGAAAGAUAUAGUUGAAGAUCCAUGGAGAAGGAGAGAGAUAGAGAGGGUGCCAGAGGAGUUCAGAGGGUUUUAAUUGGCGGGUCUAAGGGAUCAUUUCAAGAGACACAGGAGUCGCCACAAUCUCCUCCACACUGCAGAUGGCAGGAUACAGUCGGGUCAUUCCGGCCUUACACUCUAGCAGAGCAACCGAGGUGUGCCCAGAGAGUGUCAGGCCUCCUCAUAGUGCAUCUGCUUGGAGUCUCUGAUCUUGUGCGAUCUCGCACCGCUAAAGACGUCUUCUGUGCCAUCCAGGUGGACGGAGUGACACGAGCUCGCGCAGCUUUGCUCACGUCAGGAGACGUCACUCUCGUUAAACCACACCUUCAACCUGGAGCUGGAGCGAGCACGCAUGCUGAAGCUAAUUGUACUCACACCAAAUGCUAAUGCCAAAUGCUAAUGUGUGUGUGUGUGUGUGUGUGUUUGUUUUUUUAGAUUUAAUAGUAGUAAUCCACAGGCCCCAGUGGUCAAGCACGCAGCCGGGUAUGCUGCCUCGGUGCUGUAGCAAUUCCUCAUAUUUUGCAUAUUUUAUAUCCAUUCAUUUAAUUGAUUAGAUAUUAACUGUAAAGGCCUCAGUAUUCUUAAUGCAGGGUCACAUUCUCUCUGUGACUAUAAAUUUGAUAAAAAAAAAUUGUAUUAAUAGUCAGAAGGCUCGUCAUCUAACGUGUUCGUGUGCGAAGUUUCCUCAUGUCCUAAAUUUGCGCCACAGUUAUGUCAUCUUUGUAAAAGCCAAACGUCAUCUGGCAUUAAGUAAGCUGAGGCCUUAAUGGUGCCUUUUUGUCAUAAUAGAAUUAUGAUAAUUAUUAGUUGAUGUCAUAUAAAUACCAUUCCUUUUAACUCAAAAUGACUAGUUUAGAUUUUUAAGAUCGGAGGAUCUCUGGAACGGAGCGACACGCUCUGAGGAACUCAAGGUGCAGACGUGGAGAUCCGCUGUUGUCAUCCCGAACAUCCCCAGGAGUUGUCUGAUGAAUACGAACCAUACGAACCAAAAUCGCCUCCAUUGGCGUUCCAUAGGAAUCCCCCCCACUCUGCCAUCUCACCGGAGAAGUGAGCCAGGAAUUCCACGCUUGCAUGCGAGCAUGACCUGCGAGAAGCGCCCGUGAGCUUCCGGGUGGAAAUCGAAGCAGAAUCGUGCUGCUAAUCAUUUGCGGCAGGGCGAUUCCCUCCGUUUCGUUUUUGGUCUCCAACUUUUUGGUAACAGUUUGUGAAAGAACCACAUAGUGCUGUAAAAGUCAUGUAUCCCAAUACUUUUGCCCACAUAGUGUAUUUAUUUGUUGAAUAUUCUCCUAUUUUUAUGAUUGGAACCAAAUUAUAUUUAAAUUUUA